UGACCUUACAAUCUAGUACUGAUAAGAAACCACUAUUGAUAAGGACGAGUACGAUCUUACACUUCCUAACCAGACGGUCAACAUGAAGAUCAUUGCCCUCGUCUUCGUUCUAUGUGCAGGGUUACAAGAUGUGCUGAGUUGCCCUGACGGAUUUGAGAGACAUGGAUACCGCUGUUACAAAGUCUUCGCCUUACACGUCAGCUGGAUCGAUGCUAAGCAAUACUGUCAGUUAUACGGAGCCGACCUUGUGCAAAUUGACUCUGCUUUAGAGGAGAGUAUUGUUGAAGGAAUCGUGAAGAGAUUGCAUGGAGCUGUUGGGGAGGAAGUUUACUGGACGGAUGGGAGCGACCUUCUAACGGAGGGAGAAUGGCGCUGGAUUGGACAACCAGGAGAAUCCCAUUUAAUUGAUGGUUACACACAUUGGCACCCUGGUCAGCCGGACAACGCCAACGCAGAAAACUGUCUGGAAAUACGAGCCGCAUUCGGAUUUGAUUGGAAUGAUCACCAAUGCUACGAUAAAAAGAAUUUCAUUUGCGAAGCUCCAUACGGAACCGAUCAGACUGAGAUCAUUGGUUAGAUCACUGAUGUUCACAGAUCCAGUACAACACGGUUCUUCUUUGUAUUUUAUUGCUGUAAAACAUGCAAAUCAAUUAAACCAUAUAUAUAUAUAUAUAUGUAACCGUUACACAUAGUGUG